AUGGCACGAUGCUUGCGCCACAAGCAGCGCCUCGCAAGUUUCGCAAGUCUUACGGUGCUUCUGUACGUCCUGAUCCCCCGUGCCAGAGAGUCCUGCAGUUUCGCAGCUGUGGCAGAGGAUGUCCAGGGCAAGCGCCAGUUCGUGAGGCGCAUGUCUGACGGCUUCGAUGAUUUCGUGACCUUCGACACUGGCAGUGUUGCAGAGGAGUUGGCGCAAAGAGCGGCCCUUGCCCUCGACGCCGAGGUAGUCCAGCAGCUCUCCACAGGCGACUUUGGCGGCUUGGUCUGCCUCGACAACAUCUUGGGGCCCAGGUUCAGCGACCAGCUGCACCAGGAGGCGAAAGUGCUGCGAAAGAUACUGCAGCCUUCCACCUACUGGAACAGAUGGCAAGAAGGUCGCGAGGAUUCCUAUCGCUUGAUCGACAGAAGUUCCUGCGAACUGCAUGGGUUUCGUGGAAUGGCCGCUGGCAUCGAUCUCCUGGUCGCCGUUUGCUCUCGCCUGGCGGAGAUCUGCCCGGUCAACGGCAAGAGGGUCGGCCCCACUCCACAUGCACAGCUCGCUUGCUUUGCUGAAGGCUCAUCAGGCUAUGCUGCGCACACGGACGGGUCCUCGAUGGCAGACCUUGACGUGGACAUGCCUUUGGACCAGAAGCAGAUGAUCUCAUCAAGGCGAUUCACUGCCAUUCUCUAUCUGAAUGAGCGGGAAUGGAAGGAGUCCUACGCCGGUGCAUUUCGAGCCUUCCGCUCCAAAGACAUGAGCGGUGGUGACUCUGGAUUCGUAGAUGUUUGGCCGCGAGGCGGUUCCCUAGUACUUUUCCGUUGUCGGGACCUGGCACACCAGGUGCUGGCUUCCCAACAUGACCGUUAUGCCCUAACAAUGUGGUUUACUGCGCCCGCAGUUGAAUUGUUUCCACUUUCGCUUGCUGCCAUGGCCUGGGGUCCCCGGGGAUCGAUGCGGACGCCCGGGAGGUCUCGAACAAUUUUCGCCGCUUUUCUUGCGGCCUGCGGGAUUUUCGCGCACUGGAGCAUCUCCUUCGUCAAUGCCUGGACGGCGAGGCCUGGCAGUUCCUCGGCGCGAGGCCUUCCCGCACGUGCGGCCGGCGGUGCCGCAGCCGAAGUGGCCAAAGAUGGGCAGAUCUUUGUCUCUAUAGCCGCCUAUGCGGACCCAGAGCUGCCUGCCACUAUGCAGUCGUUGAUUGCCGCGGCUUCGCGGCCGGAGCAAAUUCGAUUUGGAAUAGUCUGGCAGGGGCCUGGGCCUGGGAGCGGCCUGGAGCCUCUGGACAUGGACGAGCCACUGGUCUUGCAGAAGCAGUGGGAGGAGGGGGAGUGA